AUGGAUAAAGAGAAGUUUCAGCAGAAGGCUGUGAAACAAACUAAGCAGAAGAAAUCCACGUCGGCUGAAUUUCUGAUGGUUAAAGAACACACAGAAGCUACGGAAGGGGCCGGGAAUCCAGGUUUUAACAUGAGCAGCCCAGAACUCUCGGCACAUCAGACUCCAAAAGAGAAAGUUAUUAGACGUGACGUGCCGGAUCACACCCUCGCGGCUCAUCGACAAAAAUCCAGGCUGCCAGCCUCAGCAGGACCCAAAGGAAAUGAAUACAGCAGAAAUUACUUUGACCCACUGAUGGAGGACGAAAGAAACUCAAGGCAGUGCCGGAUGGAGGUCAGCAGACGGGAUGGAAGGUCAGAGGACAAGACUCUGGCUCAGGAAUCACUCAGACAUUCCAGUAAGAGCUUGGACACCCACAAAGAGGAUGGGGAAGAUGCUCCUGUGUACACCGAGGAGUCCGGAAGGCAAGCUCAGAGAGGCGCAAUUCUGCUGGCAGACCCUCCAACAGGACAGGCUUUGAAAUUUGAAAGAGAAGGACUCAGCCAGAACAUUCCCAUGUCAUGUUUAAAGAAGGAAAAAGCAUUCAAGAAAGCUCGGAGUCAGCCACGCACUGCAGAUGGGAUUAGGAAACACUCAUUUCCAGAGGUGACUAAAGAAUCCGGAAGAACAGAAGGAAUUUGCUGGAAGGGUGAGCAGUCUCAGUUGCCUAGCCUACAAAUACAGAUCAGAUGUAUCAGGGGCCUCAAGGACAAGGCUCCCCAAGGCUCCUACCUCCUCAGAGUGUCUCUGCUCAAUCAGCUGGGGAGCUGUGUCUCCCAGUGGUGUCAAACUGAGGGACUGAAGACAAGAACAUGCCCAGUUCAUCAUGGUGGCAACUUCUAUGACGUGGGGCUCUAUUUCCAUGAAAGCCUUUCUGUGGUACUUCCUCAAAAGAAAGCUGUGAAGCCUGGCUUGUCUUUCUUGUUUGAACUCUUCCUUCUCCAUGGCACAUGUGCUUACGAUGAUGUGAUCGUUGGCUGGGCAGUCUUUCCUGUGUGUGACAACAACUUCCAUAUAGUAGAGGGAAAAUUCAAGUGUCCCCUUCUCCGAGGACCUUAUGACCCAAAACUGGACCGUUUCAGAAAAAUAGAAAAUUUGAUUUGCCAAGACUUGGACCAGUGGCUGUGCAAUCUAUACUUUAAGGUAAUUAAAACUCCUUUGCAUUUCGAUGAUCAAAAAAGUCGCGAGAGCCGCAGGCAGCUUUCUCCGGAACGUCCUGUGUGCUUAAUGGUGGAACCGGAGAAUACAGAGUUCGAUUUGGAUAAUACAGCCGGCCCUUCGACGAAAGAACCACCAGGAAACAUUGACGCUGUAAUGGAUGGCACCAAGCACUCUUCUCAGGGGAGUAUUUCUAGUAAAACCGACCCCUGCUUUAGAAGCUCUGAUCUGUGUCUCGUCAAAGAAGCCCAUGACUUACAUGCUGAGGGCAAUUGUUUGGCUGCUCAUUCUGUGAAGGGAAGAUCUACUCUGUGGAGACCUGGAGAUCCUGAAGAUUAUUCAGGGGAUUUGUCGUACCUAGAGGAACUGGAAAAACAUCAUGUUUCAGUUUGCCGCCCCUCAGUUGCAGAUGGCUGUGGAUCUGGAAGAUUGUCCAAGCACCUCCACUUUGCAUGGAUGUCCUUAUUUUCAGAACUUGAAUUAUCUCAAUGGCAAAGCCAGAGCUUCUGGUACCUCCUUCUGAUGAUGGCCUCUCUCUGGUUCCUGAGGCUCUAUUUACAUUACCUGGGCCAGUGGCUGUUCCUCUGGGUCCUGUCAACUCCAGUUACAAAAUUCCAAUUUUAUUCCUACACUGUUGAGCUCUGCUACCCGAUUUCUUCACUUCACGUUGGAGAAGAGCUAGCUGUGAUUGUAUUGGGGCCUUUAGCUCUAAACACAAUCAUGGUCCCCUUGCUUCUGAUCAGAUGGGGCUGUCAGCUACUGUUUUCCUCCUGCCCGGAUGCCCUGUCAAAGCUAAUCAUCACGAUGGGACUAUGGACAGUUCUAGACCCAUUGGCGGUGUUUAUAGUGGAUGCUUUCCUGGGGAGGUUUGCACAUAAUGGGGAGACUCCUACUGCAGAUGCAGCGAAACUCUACUGGAUGUUCCUGAGAAUCAAGCAACCAGCCAUCCUUGGUGCUCUGAUGACAGUGGUAGUCUACACUCUGCUGUUUGUCAUCUCUUCCCUGAUUUUGUACUUGUAUUGCCUCAGGGUAUGCAGUGACUCUUGGGUACUGGAUGCAUUUCAGAGAAUCCACAGUGAAGAAAGCAAGUUCUUCCUCCCACACGAUUUGGAACUUUCCAAUCAGGAGCUGAGUCACAUCGUGAAAAGGUCUGCGCAGUGGAGAGGGAUCCAUGGUGAGAGAAGGAAGGUGGCAGUGCACGAUUACAUCUGCAAAAGCCAUGACACCGAGUCCAAUGAAUCCAGCUGUGACCCCCAGCAACAGGAUGAAACUUUGGAGUCUGCAGUUGGCUCAAGAGGGGUUACUUCCCACAUAUCGGUAUACACCGUUUAUCCCAAUGGGUUUCAAGAGCUGUAUCGCCAUUUUCUCAGGCUCCCAGAUGGCGCCAUCAUUGAGGUGUUUGGUGACAUCAGUGCCUUGAGGUUUGUCCCCAAUGAAGUGAUCAGCGCUGUUGAGGAGCAUAUACGAGAAAUAGACACUGUGCAGAGAGAAAUCUUUGCUUCUGCCCAAGAGGAAGGAGAAGUCUCUGUGAAGAUAAAAGAGGAUGUUGGUGUUCUGUCAGGUUCUCAAGGAAAAGAGAGGAAGAAGAAGAAUGGGAGCCUCCAUCCAGACGCCUCUAUCUUUGGUGGUCCUUUGUGA